CCAGGAAGUUUUUUGACGAGGUCGAGAAGAGCGACUUCGACCUCGACCAACCCUUGCCAAAUUUCGAGCGACUUGGAACUGUCGCUUCCUGUGCAAAUGUGCUCAGGGUUCGUUUCAAGUGGGGCUCCCACUGAAGGCGAGGAAAUGGGUUCCGGUGGUUCAGUACAGCCCCAGCAGGGUGAGGAACACGGCCGCUUCGAUGACAUCGAGGAGGAGGAAGAGGAGGACACGCGAGUUUUGCUGCAUAGACUCGGAGAUCGCGGGACGCUGAGAAUUCCGGAGGCUGAGAGAGGGGCAACGGUCGUCGAGCAGCCGUCGACGUCGGGUGGUGGUCGCGCCUUAGGGUCGGAGGACAGGACAGUUGGCGUCGUUUCCGGCGGGGAGGGAGGGGAACAACAGUCUACGCAAAAGAGAAGGGGAGGUUAUGAGGGGGAGUCGUCGGGAGCUAAAAAGAAGCAGAAGACAAAGAUCCCACAACAGUCAAGGGGAAAAAGGAAGGGAGCUGAGGGGCAUGUCGGCGCGUCGAGUCAAAAGCGCCCGGCCUCGGCUCAGAAGCCACCCCAGUCGACCCCUGUCCAGCCUAGAGGUGUCAUCGACAUCGACGCGGCAUACUUCCUAGAAUGGAAAAACGGCGUGCGAACAAAGCGGGAGUUCGCCAUUAACCCGUCGCAAGUCAUCGACAUCGGCGAGUGGGAGGCGGCAUACAAUCAGCGUUCCUUGGAUCCUGUGCGAAUACGGGACAUUAUUGACGCAAUCACGACGGCCUACUCUCAGACCGAGAAGACUUACGAGCUGCCAACACUAAAGCUCGCGCCUCUCGGGCUGGUUAAACCGACGCCCGGGGUGCGGGCGGAUUGUCUGAAGCCCGAGGACUGGAAGGACGAGCUGGCAGGGCAAUACUACUACUACGCUGUGGCGGGCCAGCAUAACGCGGCUGCGGCCAGGGCGCUGCUUGGCACCGAUGUGGCGGUGAGGUACAAAUUCGAGCGCUGGCCUUCACGAAUGGUGUACUUCUCGGACGAGGACUUUGAGGGGUACUUCCUGGUCAGCGCCGAGGACAACAAGAAAGACCUGAAGGCCCCUCCGAGACAGCUGAAACUCUCCAUGAGAGACAUUCGGUGGUGUUGGAAGGAAUUGGGUUACCCGAAAGCUGUUAUGGGUAACCCCAGCGGGAAACAGGCGCAGGAAACGGGGAUGGAAUUUUUCGAGAGAUGGGAAACGGGCAGACUGCUGGCAGCGGAAGGAGCGAAGUGGAUCGCGAAGAAGAAGAAAGUGCAGGGCCUCAAGCCAGGUGUGAGCCACAUCGAAAACGAGAAGGAUGGGCGAAAGGUAGUCGUCUACAAUGUCCCCGUCGAAGCGCCACAAAAGAAAGGCAAGAAGGAAAAAGAGCCAGGCGACUGGUUCGUCCAGGUCACCGAGCCGGAUCCGCACUGUUGGAAGAGCAUGGAGGCCCUUACCGACAAUGAGAAAUGCCGGUUGUUGAAGAAGGUUCUCAACUGCGAGGUGGUCUGGGUGCAGACAGGGUCCUCCGCGUUGGCGAAGCAAGGGAAGUUGGGGAUGCACGAGGCAGUGCAACUGAUGAAGUCCGAUCGCAUAUUGGUGCGGUUGUGGAACUACUACUAGAAACUUGUCAGCGACUCCUCCUUGUUCAAGGACUGUCCGCCCUACAUGGGUUGCGAGGACGACAAGUCGAUCAAGGCGACAGAAAAGCUAGUCCAAAACAAGAAGUUGCCCAUCGACUGGAAGAACAAGGUCCUCUCCGUGUUGACCGGCAGCAGGUCGAAAAGCAUGGAAGUCGCGCUGGCCGAAGGGAUGGUGCACAUUCUGUGGAACGACUCGAAGGACGUCACAUCUAUUGCCUUGUUCGGCAUCGACCCUCUGGAUGCGCAGAUGAAGGUCAUGAAGUUGGAGAGGGCGGUCGGAAUCACGAAAUGCCAUACGUGCGUUCUCGACUUGUGCGAAGCGGUGGACAUCAAACAGUGGACAAUUAAAGUCUUCGAGAGUUUGAAUGCCCUCCUGGAGCACUUGUUCCCCUCGCACUGGACAGUAGUCGCGUUCGUCCCCCGUGAGCACGAUUACUACUUCAUGACCAACCUGCACCAUCAGUCCGUCGUGAAGGCAAUGGCCGAUAAGUUUCGGUGUGACGGCUUGCGGGAGAACACAUCUGUUGUCUAUGACGCGAGGUUGGCGGCGGGUGAUGCUGCCGCGGUGGGGGCACAUCAGAAAGUGACUCCCACUGAGAUAUCCGAGAUGUCGUUCAACGCUUGUGAAUGGCCCGUCGUGAUAUAUGGGCGUGAUCCCGUGGUGUACAAGGCCCAUGAGCGGAACCCCACGCAAUUCGCCCAUCUGCUGGAAUUCCUUUGCAAAAAGGGGGAGGACAUCAUGUUCCUCGGGAAAGCGCACGCACAAGUCGUGUGGGAGGUUUUGAAGGGUGGUCGCAACGUCAUCGCGUUGGAGGGGAAUUCGAAGUGGUUGCAAUUCACGUUGGAUUUCCUGAAAACCGCGGUCAACUCGGGAGCAUACCGCUGCAAGUUCAUUACGAAGAGUGAGAAGCCGAGACGCAUUUGGGAUCCUUCGACGGACAUGUGGUUCAAGCUAAGCGCCCGGAAAAGGAACAGGAUCUACGAGUUCCUCUUCUUAGAAAAGCGGCCUGCGAGGGGCACCGACAUCGAGUACAUGCGCCGCAAGGAACACAUGUUGGCGCUGCUAGACAACUAUCACGGCGCCACGCGCCUGAACGCGAAGAACUUCGAGGACCGACUGGAGUUAUUGUACUUUGUCGAAUCCGAGCCGGUCCUGAGGCUCGAGAGUUACAGUGCCUUGAUCGACGCCGACGAAGAGUCCCUCACCAGUGUUGUCUUCGACACCGGGCACGACCACACGCGUUCCACGGAGGCAGACUGGGGUCAUGACAUGAUUUGGCACCUGGGGACGAUCCAGCCUGCAAUUCGGAAGGGGGAGUGGGUCAUGGCCAUAGUCGACACUGACAGGGAAUGGAAGCCGUCUGAGCGCCUGGCCAAGUCCGACUACUUGGAUAUCGCGAGGAGUGCUAUGGUGGACAAAGUGACGUCAGAGAACAGCAACCUGCAGCCCGCCGACCCCGCCAUCAUUGCAAUUGCUGAUCGCUUGUUCCGGGAACUUCAUGACAAGCAGUGGUUGGAACUCUCUGACGAUUUCUAUGACCUCGAGACGAGCCCUUCGAAGAAAAAGGUGAACUGGAAAGUAACCCCGUCGACAGGGACCCAAGGUAGUGUUGGAGGAGGACCUCCGAGCCCCCCCGGGGCCGGAGGUGGGGGAGGCAGUGGCCACGAGGAAGGAGGUGGCGGAGGCAGUGGCCAUACGAAAUCGGGGGGAAGCGCGCCGGCAUCAUCGCCUGGCCCUGGCGGUCAGGGCAGGAUCGCGCACAACGGCAUGGGGGAAGGGGGGGUGAACGUCACACACUCCCCAACAGCAGGGAGCGGCAAGUCGGGGAAGUUCGCCCGCAUCCGAACUUCGCAGACAGAGGACCCAGUGCCCGUGGAGGCAGCGAAGUCGGCCGGCAUCCGCACUUCGACGACUCUGGAGCAGGCGGCCCUUCCCUCGUGGACUGCUUUCAGCUCCUCCAGUGAAGCAGGGCGGGGCUCAUGUGCAGGGGAUCCUGUCUCCGCCGUGAAGGGCAACUCCGCGGGCAUCCCUACCGGGGCGGACGACGUUCAGGCGAGUGUGCCGGUCCAGUGGAGCUCUACAGGAGCACAGGCGUCGGAGAUGGGCGCCGCCCUGGCUGUGCGGGAGGCGACGCCGCCGACCCUUGGACAAGGCCGAUCUGCGGAGUCACAGAGAGAGAUUGCUGGUGCAGCGCCGUCCGCCUUCCUUGCGACGAAGUCUGCCGGUAUCCGUACUUCGUCGGUGAUGUGCCUUCAGUUGGAGGAGGCAGGGACGGAGGAAGGUGCUACGUCUGUUCGUAUAGACGACCGCUCCUUGGGAUCCACCUUGAUGCGGCUGCAAGGAGCCGAGUCGCGUGAGACUGAUGGGGGGGAAGAAUGGGUGAAAGUCGAGGGCGGGGAAGAAGGGGGAGAAUGGGAGAAGGGGGUUGAAGGAGGCGAAGGGCGAGAGAAGGAGUUGAUUACAUUGCGCGACGAGGAAGACAGUGAAGAAGGAGGACUCAGUAUUAUAGACGAGGAAAGGGUGGAUGCCGGAGACGAGGAUGUCUGUGGGGAGACAUCUGAUUCGUUCGGUCUGGUGUACGCCAGAUAACGUGAAGGUGAUAUCGACGACGACGCGACGGCGAUGGAGAUGGAGAUGCAGGUGGUUAGUGGCCUUCCCGUGGA